AUGCCCGCUACCAUUACUGUAUUGUGCUAUGUCACUGAAUACCACAAGAAUUCUGCUCAAAACCUUUCUAUAGCAGAUACUUCGGGAAUCAUUCGUUCCCGAAGUUUAGAUUCGUCCUUAAAAAUUUUUUUGAAAGGAUUCUAUCUUCAAAAUGCGUCUCAAAAAUUAAGCCUUCCUCCGUUUGAAAAAGAAGAUGUGCUUUUGGUAACUGAAAAAUUUUGUACUAUUGACCAUAUAGAUGAGAGCAAUCCAAAUAAUGUUCCGAGUUUUCUGAUAUUGAUUAAUAUGACCACAGUAGUGAAAGAUCCUCCUGUUAUAAGUGAUGAUAAAGAUGUUACGAUUGCAGCUCCUCAUUUAAUGCGUAUAACUGAAAUUAUUAAAAAAAACUCGAUCCUAUAUAUUAAUGGUGAACUUAUAUUAUAUGAUGACACUAAUUAUGUCCAUGUUAAAUCUUUAUCCUUUCCGGACAUGCAAAAAAAAGAACCGAAAAUUUCUGCAAAACCCCCGUGGGAAUCUGAAAGUUCUGACAGAUCAGAUAGACCAUCUGUUGCUAAAACAAUAGCAACAAGAGUAAAAAAUAAUGCUAGGCAAAAUAAAGAACAAACUUCUUCUACAACUAAUUCUUAUCCCAGGCUAAUAAUCGUUAAAAGGUGA